AAAAGGAAACUGCAAAAUAUAAUCGGAUAGUGUCCUCAAAAGGUCUUUGAAGGCGUUUUCCAUGUGUCUACUUUCGUUCCGUUGUUUUCUUUUGUUUAAUUUUUUCAUUUUUUUUUUUCAUAUCAGUUUCACAACAUUUUCUUUUCAAAAACAAAAGUCGCUCUCUUUUACGACGAGCCAACGCCUCUGUCGGUCUAAUGUCCAUGGUUGUAGCCUGUGCGGCUGUAUUUCGUUGAUUGUCUGAUCCAUCCUUCCUUAAACCUAACCCUGACCCUUGGACUGAAGUGUGCCGUGUUUUUUCUCAUCUCUGACACUGGACUGGACGCCGUGACAAACUUUAGUCUGUGUCCGGUGGUUUCGUUGAGACUUCAGACAUGACUUCCGCGUGGCAAAGCUUCCUGUCGUGGUACCAAGGCAUACUGGAGAAUGGAGACAAAAGGACAGAUCCCUGGCUGCUGGUCUACUCCCCUGUCCCAGUGGCACUUAUCUUCCUGCAGUACCUGUGUGUGGUUUGGGUCGGCCCAAGACUCAUGAGACACAAGGAACCCAUUGACCUCAAAGUUGUCCUCAUUGUUUACAACUUUGCCAUGGUUGGCCUCUCUGCGUACAUGUUUUAUGAGUUCCUGGUUACGUCCUGGUUGUCUAGCUAUAGCCUGCUUUGUCAGCCUGUUGAUUAUAGCACAAAUCCACUUGCAAUGAGGAUGGCCAGAGUGUGCUGGUGGUUUUUCUUCUCUAAAGUCAUAGAGCUUAGUGACACGAUAUUUUUCAUUCUGAGGAAAAAGAAUAACCAGCUGACGUUUCUUCAUGUCUAUCACCAUGGCACCAUGAUCUUCAAUUGGUGGGCGGGAGUUAAGUAUGUAGCAGGAGGACAGUCUUUCUUUAUUGGUCUAGUCAACACCUUUGUCCAUAUUAUUAUGUAUUCAUACUACGGACUAGCCGCCAUUGGUCCUCACAUGCAGAAGUAUCUUUGGUGGAAGAAAUACUUGACUUCUCUGCAGCUGACUCAGUUUGUCAUGUUCCUUUUGCACACGGGCUACAACCUCUUCGCAGAGUGUGACUUUCCAGACAGUAUGAACAUUGUGGUGUUUGGAUACUGCGUCACUCUCAUUAUCCUCUUCAGUAACUUCUAUUACCAGAGCUAUGUCAACAGGAAGAAGCAGAAAUAAAACUGUCAAAAGGA